UGCAUUGAAGUCUUACGGUCGUGGCGGGCCACCAGCAGGGCGAAGGGGACCGAGAUAACAUCCCGAACUGAUUCUGGGAACGCUAUCCGUUGUGUGAGCUAGUGGCGCACCACUCAUGGAAGGAGCCAUCUCCAGCGGGCCAAAUCCGAGGAUUGCCGUCGUCACCGGCGGCAACAAGGGGAUCGGCUUCGAGGUGUGCCGGCAACUGGCCAGCCAUGGAGUCGCGGUCGUUCUGACGGCCCGGGACGAGCCGAGGGGCGCGGAGGCAGUCGAGAAACUCAGAGCGCUGGGGCUCGCCCAAGUCAUCUUCCAUCAGCUGGAUGUCACGGACACUUCCAGCAUUGCUACACUGUUCGUUUUCCUGAAGACCCGCUUUGGCAAACUAGACAUUCUGGUGAACAAUGCCGCAAUCGGUGGGGUUGAGUACCUCCAAGAACUCCAUGCCAACGAGGAAAAGUUUGCCGGCAUGGAUUUCGACCAGAUGCUUGAAUGGAUGGUGAAGAACGUCCGUGAACCCGUCGACAGUGCAAAGAAAGGCGUGCAGACGAACUACUACGGCACGAAGCAUGUAACCGAGGCCGUGCUGCCUUUGCUGCAAUCUUCCUCCGAGGGAAGAAUUGUGAACGUCUCCUCCCUAUUUGGGCUGCUAAGGCUUAUCAGCAACGAGGAGGUGAGGCAGGAGCUCAAUGACAUCGACAACCUGACAGAGGAAAGGCUGGACGAGCUGCUGGACAGGUUCCUCAGGGACUUCGAGGCCGACGCGCUGGAGGCGCGCGGAUGGCCCAUGGGGUGCUCUGCGUACAAGGUGGCCAAGGCCGCCAUGAACGCCUACUCGAGGUUGCUGUCGAGGAGGCACCCCGCGCUGCGCGUCAACUGCGUGCAUCCAGGCUACGUCAAGACGGGCAUAACCAUGAACUCGGGCGUCCUGACGCCCGAGGAGGGCGCGCGUAACGUGGUGAAGGUGGCGCUGGCGCCGGAGGGCGGGCCGACGGGCAAGUUCUUCGCCGAGGACGAGGAGGCAUCGUUCGUGUGAGGUACCGUCGGGCUGGCGGUGCGUGCACGGUCUCGUCGCUGGCUGCCGAUGAGCUAGCCUGCCUGCCGUCUGACAUGGUUAGAGACUGAGAAUAACGAACGGGACUUGACAUUUCCCGUGAUGAAUUGUAUCUGUGAUUGGAAAAUUUAUAAAACUAAUAAGCGUGCACAUGCAACACACAUCUCAAUCA